AUAAUAAGCAGUAAUUCUAAUGAGAUGAUAAAUAGAAGAUUAAAUAUUUUUCAUAAUCUUUCCUUCUAAUAGGAGCCAACCUUGUAGUUAGUCAACUGAAGUCAAUUUAAGAUAUCUGUAAGAUUGUUAACCAACCUAACAAGUCAGGAACAUAAUGGAUGGAUAUUCCGUCACUUCUCAAGAGCAUAAUAUAAUUAACUCCACAAUGAAAGGAGAGGAGAGGAGACAAGACAAGGGCCCAUCUCUAAGAUAAAUAAUUAAAAAUAAAUUAAUAAAAGGAUGAGAUGGAAGAGGUGAAAGAAGAGUCUAAGGUCCUAUCCAUAAUGAUGAAGCCACAAGCAUAUCAUAAUAGGAAUCAAGACAAUGACAGCAGGUAAUCAAUAGAAGCAAUUGGCUUCACUUUCCCGGAUCUACCAUAUUAGCCAGCUUGUAAACUUGCUGAAAUUUCCCAGCCAUUAUUGUAUGAGAAUUUUCAAAAAACAUCAAAAUCACACUUUAAUCCUCGCAGAGAGUACCUUUGACAGCUUCAAACAGAAGAAAGAAUAGCUCAACGGUCCGAAAUUUCCGCCAAUCACUGUCACUUCCUCAAUUAAUAUAUGCUGAUACAUCCAAGAAACCAAAAAAGAUCCAAUGAUAUCAAACUUCCAUCAUUUUUCAUACAGCAUCUGAUACAGUAUGAAAUCCAAGAACGAGAAACCAGACCAUGGAAACAACCCAAGCAUCCAACUAGAAAUUAUCCGCAAUGCAGAUGGAGGCAGCGGCAACCCCUCCAAAGAUGGUCAGGCUUCCACCUUGUUCGAACCCCAAAGGCAACAGAGCUAUCUGACCCCCAGUAGUAGCAAUGGCAGAAGCCGUGACAACAGCAAGAAUGCCAAUAUCCCUGCACCUGAAAAGAAGUUGACCCUCUUUGCUCUCCGCCUCGCAAUCCUGGAAAAAUCUGCCAGUGGCCUCGGAACUCUUGCCUUUAUUUGGGCAACUGUUGUACUUCUUGGUGGAUUCGCUUCAGCCCUUGAGAGCCAGGAUUUCUGGAUUGUAACUGUGAUCCUCCUUAUAGAAGGCACAAGGAUCUUCAGCCGUAGCCAUGAGAUCGAGUGGCAGCACCAGUCAACCUCAUGGUCCCUUGCCAGCGCGGGACGGUACAGUUUUCGAGCAUUCAUAUCAAGUUCUCGGUUCUUUGGCCGUGCCAUCAAGGCCUUGUUCCAUUCAUUUUCUGUAUUCCAAUCAGACAACCACCGUACUCGUGAAGUCACAGAUGAUCUGCAGAUGGGAACUCCAGAAUCCCAGAACUGUGACAUUCAAAACACAAAUCAAAGGACAUGGAACUAUUCUGAUGUUCCCUUUCUACCCUAUGUUGGCUGGGUCUUUCUCUCUAGAAAUGUUAGCAAUAUCUUUUAUUGGCUCCAACUCAUUUCAGCUGCAGCAUCUGCUGCUCUCUCCUUGAUGAGGCUCAGUCAGCAAGACUACAGAAAAAAUAGUGGAGAUACCGAUACAAAGAACCUGAAGCCCGCUCUCAAUAUAUUUUAUGGGAUGGCUCUGGCUGAGGCCCUGAUGUUCUUAGUGGAGAGGGCUUACUGGAACUGGGAGAUCGGUUACAAGAUGCUUCUGGAUAAAGUUUGCCAGAAGUGUGCACUUGGACCAUCUGGAUUGAUAUCAAUCACGCGGUUCUUCUAUGAUUCAUACUCGAGGUGUAUUGAAGGCAGCAUCUUUGAUGGUCUUAGGAUGGAUUUGGUAUCCUUUUCUCAGGAACUCCUAGAUUCAGGGUACCGAGAUGAGCAACUUAUUGGAGCUCGGAUCCUUCAUAAGUUUGUGGCCAAUGAUCAAUUUUCCAGUUACACCCUGCGAAAGAUUGGGACAUCUACAGGGGUCAUAGAGAGGUUAAUUGAAAUUUUGAACUGGAAGAACCCAGUGGAAGAGGAGAUCAGAAGGUCAGCAGCAGAGAUUGUCUCAAAACUUGCAGGGAAAAAGCAGAAUGCUAUCCGAGUUGCUGAGAUCCCAGGUGCAAUUGAGUCAAUAUCAUCCCUUCUGUACACAGGUCUACACUAUGAUUCAAGGCCACACGAGAUUGGUCACAGGUUUGUUGUCGCGGACCAAACUGACUACGAGUUUUCGGUGUUCAACCUCUUGGGCUUGAAGAUACUUAAGAAGCUCGCUCGUGACCAUGACAACUGCUGGAAGAUUGGGAAUGCUAGAGGACUCAUGCCAAAGAUCAUAGACUUCACGAGCACGACCGAAAACCUGCUGAGGAAUGACCUAGCACCAGAAUCUCAGAUAAAGAUAGUGAAACGGUCACUAAAAUUAGUUAAGAUCCUGGUGAGCACAACCGGCCAAACAGGGAAAAUGUUAAGGAAGGAAAUAUCCGAUAUUGUGUUCACGGUGAGCAAUAUUAGAGAAAUCUUGCAAUAUGGAGAGAGCCAUAUGGUGCUUCAAAUGCUGGGAAUCGAAAUAUUGAGCAACUUGGCGAUGGAUGAGGACGCGAGGGAGAUCAUUGGGAGCACAGGAGGAGUGAUUAGACUGCUACUUUCAAUUUUCUUCAUGCCACGUUUGACAGAGAAACAGAACUCUGUGUGCACAGAAGCCGGAGAGGCAUUGACUAUGCUGGCUUUUGAAAGCAAGAGAAACUGCAAUCAGAUAGUAAUGGGGCCGCAGGUCAUGGAAAGGUUGGUUGAUUCACUGAAUGAUCUGGUGCUCCAAGUCAAUUCGGCCAGAAUCCUCAGGAAUUUGUGCGCUUAUUCCGGGCCUGAAUGUGUGAGUCACUUGACAGGAGUCACAGCUGCUUUUCCUACUGUACUGGAAGGAAUCAUGAACGGAAAAGAUAAACUUCUUGAGGUAUCACUUGGCCUUGCCACACAGAUAUUCAGAUUGACAACUCGAGAAGAAUAUGCUGAGAAACUCGAAAGAGCCGGCAUUACAGAUGAGGACAUUGCAAACAGGUUGGUACAAAUAUUGAGGAUAUACAUCUACCCAGAAAUUAAGGUUCCAAGGAUAAGGAGGUUCUUGAUCGAAUUGGCAACAUGGAUGAUGAAGCCAGAGUCAAAGUAUAUACAGAUAUUCAAGAAUCUGCAGGCUGAUGAAGCAUUCAGGAACGUUGCAGAAACCACAUCAGAGCUCGAAAGCUUCAACUUUUUCUCCGGCAGUGUUGGUGUGGGAAAGGAUAACAUAACUCUUUCCUCCCUUAUAGAUACAGCACUAACUCUAAUGGAAUAAAGCUGAAAUUGAGUGGAAAUUUUGGUUCAACAGCCCAAAUCACAUGUACAGAAAUAACACCACAAAACACUAGAAAUCACAGAACAUAGGCUGAGGUAUGUAGUUUUUUGUCUAAGCAAAAAAAAAAGUUUUCAAGGAGUUGUUACAGACUGUAUAUGUUCAUUGGUUUGUUAAACCUCUAAUAGCAUAAAAUUUUAUUAAACUAGUAGCUAAAUGAUGCAUGUUUCUAUAUUCUGGAACUCUUCCCAGUUGGUGAAACAAAUUACAGGUAUUUCUAUCUAGCAUUGAGGAAGAAAAAAAAAUGUUCCCACUUCCUCUAUAAACAUGUCAAGUGCUCUCCUAGGAGUGAGUUGUUCCCAUAGUUUGUAGUUACGAUAUAAGAAUAUUUAUGUUAGUUAUAUUUGCAAUUCACGCACAAAAUUUCAAAUGAUUAGCCAGGAAUCCAUGGCGUAUAUCUAUGCUUUCAACAGCAAUGAAUGUGAUAAUUCAAUCUAAACAAGUGUAGCUUCUGAGUACAUUUAGAUAUAUAGAUGGUAGAAAAUGCAAUUUGAUCAUGAUUAAUUGAACCAAAGCUUGGCACAUCAUGCUGUAAUGAAAAUUUCAGGCUUUUUUAUCCAGAAAAAACUUCUAAUUGUAAACAACAUCUAUGAAAAUGUUAGUAGAUAAAGAAAGAAGAGAAAAUUGAACCUAUUGUAGUCAUUUACCACGCUGCACGCAAGCAUGACCGCCAUGGUACCUUUUAUUCCUCCAAUGUGCUGUGUUAAAAUAUGUGACUGGAGCUGAGAAUUUCACCUGAUUACUUAUGAGACAAUUCCUGCUCCCAUAGCCCCCCUCC